CUCUUUGACGCACGUCUAUUUUGAUUGAAUCACAUCAAUUAUGGAGCAUCCAGCGUUCGAAGAGGCGGGCCAGGAAUCAGGGAUAAAAAUCUGGACAAUUGAAAAAUUCGAACCAGUGACGAUUGAAGAACAGCAAUAUGGAAAAUUUUAUAAUGGGGACUCUUACAUCGUUUUAAAGACAUCAGGUGCUGAAAACUCAACUCUCUCCCAUGAUGUACACUUCUGGCUUGGCAACAAGGCAACACAGGAUAAGAUGGGGGCGGCCGCUAUCUUAACCGUUACCCUUGAUGACCAACUUGGGGGUAAAGCUGUUCACCAUAGAGAAGUCCAAGGACAUGAGACCAGUCAAUUCUUGGGAUAUUUUUUACCUGCUAUAAGAUAUUUGGAAGGAGGCAACGAAUCGGGAUUUAAGGAAGUUGAAACGAAUGCUGGCGUUGAGAAAAGACUGCUUAAGUUAUCUGGGUGUGAUAACAUGAGGAUUGAAGAGGUGCCCCCAGAAGCUUCAUCACUGACCAGAGACCACUGUUUCAUCCUAGAAGUAGACCAUGACAUCUUCGUGCUGGUUCCAGAAGGCGCCAAGGCAACGCAAAAGAGAAAAAUCAUCAGCGUUGCCAACAAAUUGCGUGACGACUAUCAUAAUGGAAGGGCGACUAUUGAAAUUAUUGACGAAUUCUCGUCCGAUGAUGACUACGCUCAGUUCUUCGAGGCUCUGGGCUCCGGUUCCAAGGACGAACUGAUCGAUGACGAUGAUACACAGACCUUCACACGCUCUAGUGCGUCAACCGUCUACUUCUACAAAGUGACCCUGGGUGAUGAAUUGGAACUUGAAGAAUUAAGCAAGCCAUUCAAACAGAAGCAACUUAGCUCCGAGGACGUGUUUAUUCUGGAUACCCCGUGCUCAGGUAUUUACAUAUGGCUUGGUAAUGACGUGGAAGAAGACGUUAAGAAGAAUUAUAAUGAUAUUGUACAGAAGUUUUUAGAAGCUAAAGAAUAUCCUGCUUGGAUGCACGUAACGAGAGUUAUAGAGGGCGCUGAAAGUAGUACUUUCAAGCAAUACUUCCAUGAUUGGGACUCGGUCAUGCCUUCCAGUGGUUCCGUCAAGUCUAUUGCUUCAGAUAUCGAAAGCGGAUACUUUUCUGGUGACGCUGACGACACGGAAGCGGUCGCUAAAUUCAUUGGAAAAAGUGCAGCAGCCAGAAGUUACAUGCCAGAUCAGGGUACUGGAACUCUUACCAUUUUCAGGGCUGCAGAGGAAGCAGAAGAUAUAACAGAAAGUCAAGCAGAAGCUCCGAAACUCUACCAAAGCGAAGUGUAUGCCGUGAAAUAUGAUUACAAGGAUGAGAACGACGAAGACGCAACUGUUGUCUAUCUGUGGAUCGGCAAGGACGCUGACGAUGAAGCAAAACUAGCUGGUGUGGAAGCCAUUUCUAAAAUCGAAGAGGAGUUGGAGGGAAAUGUGACAAUGGUGAAGAUACCACAAGGAAAGGAAAUAAGGCACUUCCUAAACAUAUUCAAAGGGCAACUCAUGAUACUGUGCGGUGAUAAAGAUAGUGAAUACAAGUGUGAAAACUUCAAGAAAUCAUUCGACGAUGAUGGCGUUCGACUUUUCAAAGUUGAAGGUACGAAAUUAGGGGGUGACAUGCGAGCGACCCAAGUUGAAGAAACUUCAAGUUCUUUGGAAGAUGACGAUGUAUUUAUAUUGGAGACUGCUGACAAAGUGUACUUAUGGAUUGGGAAGGAGUCAAACGAUAAAGAACAGGAAGCCGCCAAGGGUUUCGUAUCUCUGCUGAUAGGAGACGAGAAAGAAGUCACGGAAGUGCAAGAGGGAGAGGAGCCCGAGGAGUUCUGGGAGUUAUUGGGUGGUGCCCCUGAUGAAAAAGAGGAUUCCACUCGCUGGAAGCUCAACGUAAACCGACGUGUCACCACACCGCCCACGCUCACCGCCGUCACCGUCACCGCCUCUGGGAAGAUCAAGUUUGAAGAGCUACCACCAGAAUUCACGCAGGCGGAUCUGUCUGAUGACGGUGCAUAUGUCCUCGACAAUGGCGAGGAGCUUUAUGUGUGGCUGGGAACCAACAUCCCUGAACGUGUGAAGACAGCCAGAUUGAACAUUAUUACUGAAUACAUCCAAGAUGACGGCUUAGAGCGGACUGUUGACUCCGCCAUUGUCGUUACUUUGAAACAAGGGAAGGAGCCCUCGACUUUCAAGAAAAUGUUCCCGAGCUGGGAGGACGAUUUAUGGGAGAAUCAAUCAUCAUAUGAUGACAUCAAGAAUGAAACGAAAGCCAACAAUUCCAAAUAAAAACGUAACCUGUCCCUUUCUUUCCACACAAGUCAUUCGCGCCAGACAAGGACAAAACAUUUUGCAAAACUUUUUUUAUUUGUAUAUUUAUUGAAAUUUUAUAAUAAAAAUUCAUUUGAUAAACAAUUUUUUAUUAUUAUUUUAAACAUGUUAUAUAAAAAAUCU